AUGGAUGAGGACCCAAUUGCUGGCAUGAGCCAAGAGGAGAUUGAUGAAUACAAAGAGGCCUUUGGAAUGUUUGAUAUCAAUGGAGAUGGAACCAUCGAAUUGACAGAACUGAAGCAAGUCAUGUUGCAAUUGGGCCAGAAUCCCGCAGAAGAAGACUUGAUUGAAAUGAUGCGACUGGUCGAUGUCAAUGGUGACAAUGAAAUCGAUUUUGAUGAGUUCUUGGUCAUGAUGACAAUGCGUUCUGGGGAGCGUGAUACUGAAGCAGAACUACGAGAAGCCUUCAAAUUAUUUGAUUUGGAUGGGAGUGGUACCAUUAGUCGUGAAGAACUCAAGACUUUGAUGAAAAACCUGGGACAGGCUCUGACGGACGAGGAAAUUGAUGCCAUGAUUGACGAAGUCGACAUUAAUCUGGAUGGAGAAAUUAGUUUUGAUGAGUUCCAAGCACUCAUGCUCUCCUAA